AGAAGCAACUGGACUCCGGAUCCCCACACUUCCUCUUCACCUGCUGUGGCUCCUGAACACAGCUUUCAAAGACUAUGAGGAACAUCAGGGCAGCCACGGAACACCUCAUUGGCUUGGGGUGGAAGUUCUGGCGCUUGGGGAUCUGCAAGGCAGUUGUUCCACUGCAGGCUGCCUGGAAAGCCUUCUCCCAGCCUGUCCCAGCCAGCUGUAACGAACUACUGACCCAGCUUCUCCUGUGUGUUUCCUUGGCCAGUCUUAUCGCAGGCCUGGCGCAUCACUGGCUGGUCUCUUUGCAGCUUUAUCCUUUGGGACCCCCUGCCCUGGUGACCGCUCUCUGUGGUCUCUUCGUCUUCCUAAGCCUGGGCCUGGUGCCCCCCAUCCGCUGCCUAUUUGCGCUCAGUGUGCCAACCCUGGGUUCCAAGCAGGGCCGCCGGUUGCUCCUGUCCUACAGUGCAGCCAACCUGGCUGUCGCUGUGGUUCCAAACGUCUUAGGCAAUGUGCGUGCAGCUGGGCGAGUGCUGAGCUGUGUUACUGAGGGCUCUUUGGAGAGUCUGCUUAAUACCACUUACCAACUGCGCCAGGCAGCCAGGGAACUGGGCCCAGCCGGCCGAGCAGGCAGCCGCAGCCUGACUUUUGAGGCCGAGGGUAACGGCUCAGCCUUCCGCCUUCACAUGCACACGAUCACUCAGGAGAUCCUGGAAGACUUCUCUGGCCUGGAGUUCCUGGCUCGGGCAGCACUGGGCACUCAGCGGGUGGUCACUGGGUUGUUCCUGCUGGGCCUCCUGGGAGAGUCGGCCUGGUACCUUCAUCGCUACCUCACUGACCUGCGUUUCGACAAUAUCUAUGCGACUCGGCAGCUGGUUCGGCAGCUGGCCCAGGCUGGUACCACACAUCUGUUGACCUCUCCGCCUCCGUGGCUGCUCCAAACAGCCCAGCCUAGGCUGUCACGGGAGGAGCUGCUGAGCUGUCUCCUAAGGCUGGGGCUACUGGCAUUGCUCUUAGUAGCCACAGCUGUGACAGUGGCCUCAGACUAUGGGGCCUUCCUCUUGGCACAAGCAGCUGUAGCCUGGGCUCAGAAGUUACCCACUGUCCCAAUCACACUCACAGUCAAAUAUGACGCCUCAUAUAAGGUCCUGGACUUCAUCCUCUUCGUCCUCAACCAACCUCCAGUGGAGAGCGUGUUUGCCUCCGUGCAGCGUUCCUUCCGGUGGGAGCUGCGCUUCAUGCCCCACGACUGCCAUCUGCCGCAGGCUCAACCACCCCGUGUCACCGCUGCUCUGGCGGCGGGCGCCCUGCAACUGCUAGCGGGCGCCACCUUGGUGCUACAGGCCUACGCCUGGCGCCUGCGCCACACCAUCGCAGCCUCCUUCUUUCCAGCUCAGGAGGCCAGGAGGCUUAGUCACUUGCAGGCCCGGCUCCAGAGGAGACACAACCGGAGUGACCACCUGAACAGACAGCCCGGCACUAUGGCCACCCGGGAAUCCAGGAAGCCUGGACAGGGAACUAGGACUCUGGAAUCACAGGGACCUCAGGCACAUGACUCCCUUGGGCCUCCGUAUGAUCUUGAGUAGGUCGUUGCACAUCUCAGAGCUUCAGUUUCCAUAUCUACAUAAUGAUUGGGCGUGGCAACAGUGAUCUGCUUUUCACGGGGGAGGUGCGCGAAAUCGCGGCGAGUGGAAGGUCGGGAAGACGCGGCUGCGGUAAAGAGGACUGGACUUUUGGGAGGACCAGACGGCCCAGUCCCUUUCCGCUAGACAGCCCUGAUAACAUACUCAAUGGAGACCCUGCAAGUGGAUUCACCUCGGCACUCCUCCAACUUACAAGCCUUUGAGAAUUCACGUUAAUCUGCAAGUUUGAUCUUACAAAUGAGCACAGUCAUUAAAUAGAAGAGUAA